UGCCCUUAGAUAUUACGUUUUGAAUAAACGGUAUAGAAAUGUCCGAUACGGAGUCAGAAAAUGAUAAAAUCAAAAAGGUUCUGGAUGCUGCCGAUACCACAUUAAUUAACGAUGGAAUGUUUCAAAAUCCAAUUAACGGACAGGAAGCGAACACUGGCAUUGAAAACCCAACUGUUCAGUGUUACCCAUCUAAUCGCUAUUUGAUUGAGGAUGGCAAUACUUGCGAAACAAACAUCAAUGUUACGGAAUCGAUGAGAAACUUUUUUGGAAAAAAACUAUCAUCAAUUAUCGACCAGACAAUCGAAUUCGUAUAUACAGAUGAUGGCACGCUCAAGAAAAAGUGCUCUGAUCCUUGUGGCGUAAGACUUCUUAAAGAUUGCGAUGUUUUUUUGCAAGUUUCCUCGAAUGUUGAAUCGAAGACGAAAUUUAAAAACCACAAAAAAGUAAGGCGACAACUUGAUAAAAUUGAAAUGAAAAAAGUUCAACUAGUCGCAGUUGAUGCUAAUUACGUUGCGCAUAAAACAACGCAAUGUUGGUCGAACCGCCCAAAAGCUAUUGUUUACACUUAUAAAGGAGAAAAUCUAAAUUUCUUUUUACAAUAUCCUGCUAAUGAAUUUACAAUUAAGAGACGGAAAAAUAAAUGGGAUGAGUCAAAAAUCUUUUCAUUCCGGAGAAGUUAA